AUGAGAAACUGCUCCACCCAGGCCCUGAGCGUGUCUUGGGGGAAAUCAGAUGCAGGUACUGGAUCUUGCAGGGUCGCCAAGCCAUUCGCCAGCAUCAACACCAGUGUCAAGACUGUCCGAGAUCGCAACCAUGUCAGCAGCAUCUGCAGCACAUGGGGCAGAGAGCACUUCAAGACGUUUGACGGUGACGUUUACCAGUUCCCUGGUAUGUGUGAGUACAACCUGGUCUCUGAUUGCCACGAGUCCUACCAGGAGUUCUCUGUGCACAUGAAGAGGAAAGACAAAGAUGGAAACCCUAAAGUCAAUCAUGUGGUUGUCACCAUCAAUGACCUUAUGUUCUACCUCACCAAGGACAUGAUCACUGUGAAUGACGUCCCUGUCAAAACGCCAUACUACAAUGCAGGGGUACAAUUGGAAAACAAUGCUGUUUACAUCAAGCUCCAAUCUAAAGUUGGCAUCACUGUCAUGUGGAACGGUGACGAUGCAGUCAUGGUUGAACUGGAUGCUGAUUAUGCGAAUCGUACUUGUGGACUCUGUGGAGACUUCAAUGGUGUUUCUGUCCAUAAUGAGUUCAUUCAUAAUGGUCGCAAAAUUAGCCCUAUUGAGUUUGGAAACAAACAGAAAGUCCAUCGUCCAAACGAUGAUUGCGAGGACCCCUUUGAGGAGGAAGAAGAAUCACUGGAGGCUGUGCUGGAUUCAUGCAAGGAGUUUCAAACCACCUGUAACCAGAUGCUGCGUUCAGAGCGCUGGAGCUCCUGCACCAAACUGCUGAACCCUGAACCUUACAUCCAGGCCUGUGUGCAGGACAUGUGUGGCUGUGCCAAUAGUACAAAUGACAUUUGUGUCUGCAGCACACUGUCUGAGUUCUCUCGACAGUGUUCACACGCAGGAGGGCAGCCUCCCAACUGGAGGACACCUAAGUUCUGUGCUAAACAGUGCCCAUACAACAUGGUUUAUGAAGAGAGCGGUUCCCCUUGCAUGGAUACAUGCGCACAUCUAGACACAAGUUCACUGUGUGAGGACCACAAAAUUGACGGCUGCUUCUGCCCUCCUGGAACCGUGUUUGAUGAUAUAUCCAUGAGAGGGUGUAUUGCUCAAUCUGAGUGUCAGUGCAAACACAAUAAAAUCUAUAACUCUGGUGAGGUCUACAGACAGGACACAAAGGAAUGUACAUGUGUUGAGGGUAGAUGGGCUUGUGAAAGCCUUCAAACACCUGCUACAUGUGCAGUUGAAGAAGGUUCACACGUAACUACCUUUGACGGGAAAACCUACACCUUCCAUGGAGACUGUUACUACACUCUAGCCAAAGUGGAAAGCAAGGAUUAUGCAAGUCCCAAGUUCACCAUCCUGGUUCAGUUGGUUCCUUGUGCAAAUCAAGAAUUUGACACUUGUCUUAAGAGCCUCAAAAUCCUGCUGAACAACGACAGAAACAAUGUAUUAAUGUUCACUUCUGAUGGUACAGUAAAGCAGAACAUGCAGACCAUCAGUUUGCCGUACCACUCAGGUGACAUCAACAUAUUCCACGCUUCAUCCUUUCACAUCUUGCUCCAGACCAGUUUUGGGUUGCAAAUUCAGAUCCAGCAUGUGCCUGUUAUGCAAGUCUAUGUCAGCCUGGACCAAAGCUACAAAGCAAAGACACGUGGUUUAUGUGGAAACUACAACAUGGUCCUGUCUGAUGACUUGAAGACUCCUCAGGGGAUCGUGGAGGGAACAGCAGUGACUUUUAGUAACUCGUGGAAGGCUAACCUCAUGUGCCGAGACAGAGAGGAAAGACUUGAGGACCCUUGUUCCCUCAGUCUGGAAAACGAGCGGUAUGCUAAACACUGGUGCGCCUUGCUACUGAGUCCAGACAGCGAUUUUGCGCAGUGCCGUUCAGUGGUGGAUCCUGAGAUGUACUACAAGCGAUGUACUUAUGCUAGCUGUAACUGUGAGAAGAGUGAGGACUGCUUGUGUGCCGUCUUCUCCUCCUACGCUCGGGCUUGUGCAUCAAAGGGAGUGUCCUUGACAGACUGGAGAGGGAAUGUGUGCGAUAAAUACACAAGGAGCUGUCCAGCAUCUCAGAUCUUCUCUUACAAGCAUCAGAGAUGCCAGUUGACUUGCAGAUCACUGGGCACAGUGCAGCAAAGUUGCACUUCUGACUUCUUGCCUGUGGAUGGCUGUUCCUGCUCUGAGGGUCUCUACCUAAAUGAAAAUGGCAUCUGCGUUCCCAUGGCAAAAUGUCCCUGCUACCAUAAUGAAGUCUACGUCAAGUCAGGAAAGUCAAUCAGCAUCAAAGAUGACCAUUGGACUCCACAGAGUGUGAAUCCGGCUGUCGGUGUCCAGGUGGCCGCCUUGAUGAUGGCAAAGGUUCCUCGAAUGGAAGUCAAACUAUCAAAGGGUAAAUAUGAAGAGGCCGACCUGGGACAUGGCGCUGAGAUUCAGUACAAAAUAAGGAAGGUUGGCUUGUAUUUGGUGAUAGAAUCUGCCAUUGGACUGGUAGUGAUGUGGGAUGGCAAAACAUCUGUUCGCAUCAUCCUGGAACCACAGCACAGCGGAGAGGUAUGUGGCCUGUGUGGAGAUUUUGAUGGUGAUGGACAGAACGACUUCACCACCCAGGGUCAGCUGGUAGUGAGCAAUCCGUUAGAAUUUGCAAAUAGCUGGAAAGUGUCAAGCCAGUGCCCAGAUGUAGAUAUGAAUGCUGACCCUUGUGGACUAAGACCCAAUCGACAUCACUGGGCAAAAAUGAUGUGCAGCAUUAUAACUGGAAAUACGUUCAAAGAGUGCCACAAUAAGGUAGCUCCCCUUCCAUUUUAUGAAAACUGUGUGAAAGACUCGUGUGCCUGCGACUCUGGAGGAGACUGCGAAUGUUUCUGCUCGGCAGUCGCAGCUUAUGCUCAAGCUUGUAAUGAGGCUUCUGUCUGUGUGGCAUGGAGAACUCCAGAAAUCUGUCCUGUCUUUUGUGAUUACUACAAUAAACCAGAGGAAUGUAAGUGGCACUACAACCCCUGCCACAAACCUUGCUACAAGACCUGUUUACAUCCCGAAGAAAUGUGUAGUAACCCUUUACCCAACCUGGAAGGCUGUUACCCCGUAUGCCCAGAAGAUAAGCCCAUAUUUGAUGAGGAGACGGGGUUGUGUGUGGAGGAAUGUUCAGGUUGUUUUUACAACAAUACUAGAUAUGACGAAGAUGACGUUAUUUACAAUGUGACUGACAAUUUAGGAAUGUGCUACUAUGCAAUAUGCAAGAAUUCAACAGUGAUAUUUGGAAGUGAACCUUGCGUUACAAACACAACAACUACAACCCAAGAGCCAACCACACCAACUGAACAAACCACUCCAACCCAAGAGCCAACAACAACCACAACAUCUACGACCCCA